AUGAUGCUUCUUCCGCCACAUGCGCCGUCGCCGCUCAUGCUCUUCCUGUUGCCGCUGCUAGUACUCCUGUCCACAGUCGUCAUAUUUGUCUUCAAUAAACGUCGCGCCUUCAUCCAGUCCCGUAACGCUUCGCUGAAGGCUCCCCCUAAGACCGCCACCAUCGGCAUCUUCCACCCAUACGCUAAUGGCGGUGGAGGUGGCGAGCGUGUGCUGUACUGCGCGCUACUGGCGAUUGUGAAACGCUAUCAGAAGAUGGACACCGAUCUACGCAUCGUGCUGUAUGCUGGAGAUGACGGACUCUCGGCCUCGGAGCUGGUAACCAGGGCCGCUGAAGAGUUCAACCUGCCGGAGCUCAAGACGUUGCACGUGAAGCGCCACGUGACGCUCGUACCGCUGCCCAGCCGUGAAAUCCUUGAGCCCAGUCGCUACCCAAGUUUCACGCUAUUGUGGCAGAGCGUGGCGCAUAUCCGCUUGGCGUUGGAGGCCGUGGAACAGAGCUCUAAGCAGGACCUUUAUCCGCAGGUUUGGGUGGACACUACCGGCUGUCCGUUCUCCUACGUGGCAGCAAGUCUGCUCUAUGCGUGUACAGUAGUGGCUUACGUACACUACCCGAUGAUCUCCACUGACAUGAUCUCCAAGAUCCAGCAGCGUGACUCGGGAUUCAACAAUGACGCGGCCAUCGCUGCGAGCUCGUCGAGAUCUACGGCCAAGUACAUUUACUACCGCCUCUUUGCCGGAGUUUACAGCUUGGUAGGUAAGUACUGCACGGACGUGGCCAUGGUCAAUUCCACCUGGACGUACAACCAUAUCAAGCAGCUCUGGGGUAAGGCCCCUACGAUCGUGUAUCCGCCCUGUGGAGCCAUGCGCGAGUACAUGAACUUUAGUCUGGAAGAUCGCGAACCAAUUGCACUCUCAGUGUCUCAGUUUCGACCGGAGAAGAACCAGUUAUUGCAACUGCAGUCGUUUCAGGUGCUGCUGACGAAGUAUGCGGAGCAAAUGAGGACCAAGUUCAGCGACUUCCGGCUGGUGUUGCUUGGAAGCUGCCGCAAUGCAGACGACGAAAAUCGUGUGGAGACUCUGAAGAAGCAGGCGAAAGAAUUGGGCAUUGCGGAGCGUGUGGACUUUGUGGUGAAUGCGAGCUUCUCUGAGCUGAAGCGAUACCUCGCCACGAGUUCCAUUGGUGUACACACCAUGUACAACGAGCACUUUGGGAUUAGCAACGUGGAGAUGAUGGCUGCAGGCAUGCUUGUCGUCGCGAACAACUCCGGUGGUCCCAAGGCUGACAUUGUGAAGUCUGAGACAGGAUGCUUGGCGCUCACAGCCGACGAGUAUGCGGACAAAAUGCUGUCGUUGUUGGAGAAAACUCCAGCCGAAGCGAUUGAGAUGCGAUCUGCAGCACGCAAGUCUUCGUUGCGCUUUUCGGAUGAGGAGUUUGGCGAACAGUUUUUAGCAGCCAUAAAUGGUGUCCUCGAGUCCGUAAAUGGUGGCUCGGACCACGUCAAGUCAGCAUAA